GUCGGCAUGGUAUAAAUUCCAAGAAAAAGCCAUCUGUCAACAAAAGUGUGUCUGAGAGUGCUAGUGUGAAGAAGUUGAUUUCUCAAAACGAUUUUAUGGAAUUUUACGGGGGACAUUAGUUUUCAAUGUAACAAUAAAACACGACUCAGCUGACAACCAAAACCGCACAAAUGAGACGAAUCAAAAUGUGUAUCCAAUCGUCGUCUAACGAUGGUUGAACAAAGUGUUUUCUGUUGUUGUAACUGAAUUUGAUGUAAACAAAAAACGGAAAUUCUUAUCGGACGAGAAUUUGUGCAAUUCGCUGUGCCAGUAUUUCAACCUAAAGGUUUUUAAAUUUGGUGUAACAGUGAAAAAUUUGUCCGUCAAUCAACCACAUUCUAUAGUUAUGACUCUGUCGAUUCCAUAAAUAUUUAAAGUGAUAGCGCAAGUGCCACAAAAAAAUGGCUCAUACAAAUAUUGUAUGGUCGGAAUUAUUUCCGACAACGAAAAGCAUUUUAAUUUUCAUCGGAUACAUGUCACUGUUCAUCAGUCAAGGAAUACUCGUAACUGCCUCGCAAGAAUCUGAUAGUGGAUAUAACUACAAUACCGUGCUAGCGGUGUUAAUGACCGAAGUUUUGAAAUUGAUUAUUUCCACUUGUCUAUUCAUUAACGAGAAAGCUGAGAACACUGUAAGGACAUUGGUUGCCAGUAUAUACCAAGGUAGGAACGUUCUCGGAUAUUAUUUCGUGCCAGCUUUUCUCUACUGCCUGUACAACAAUUUGGCCUUCAUCAAUUUAUCAUCGUUUGACCCAACAACCUAUUACCUAUUGCUGCAAUUCCGUGUCGUCAUCACAGGCGUUUUGUUUCAGAUUAUUUUCAAAAAAUACCUGAGCAAACGACAAUGGAUCUCAUUGAUUAUCCUCACCCUCGGCUGCAUGAUAAAGCAAUUAAAUUUCGGUGACGAGUCCAGCCCGAAUUCAACGGAAAACACCAUCGAUGUCAAAUCGAUCAAAAACACCAGCGGUCUGAAUCUCAGUAUCAGUGCCGUUUUCAUUCUCAUCCAAACCGUUUGCUCCUGCCUGGCAGGUGUAUACAACGAAUAUCUGCUGAAAGACAAAGGAUCUGAUGUGAACAUCUAUGUUCAAAACGUUUUCAUGUACAUAGACUCGAUAGUGUGUAACGUUGUUGUGCUGCUGAUGCAGGGGAAUUUUUUCGGUGCCUUUCGAUUUGAGUCUCUUCAGUCGAUCUUUCGAUUAAAGGUCAUUUUGAUAAUGAUCAACAAUGCAGCCAUUGGAAUCAUAACAAGCUUUUUCCUCAAGUACAUGAACUCCAUUCUGAAAACGUUCGCAAGUGCACUUGAAUUGCUGUUUACGGCAGUGUUGUGCUAUUUCAUUUUUGCAAUUCCGAUACAUCUCAACACAGUGCUGGCCAUUGCAGUGGUUUCGUUUGCCAUUUACCUGUACUCAAGGAGUCCGGUGGUGAACAUUGUCGAGAAGACUAUUAAAACGCCGGAAGAUAGACGGAAUCUUCUACGGGACGGCGGUGCUAAUAGUGACAUCGACGAUAGCAGUUUAGUGUAGUGUUUUAGUUGUCUAGUUAUAUGCAAAUUUUGUUCCUUCUACGGGUUACCGUGAGCUUUGAUUGACAGAUGUAACGAGAAUAUUAUCAUUUCGAUGAUAUUAAUGCCUAAUGAUGACUACGUGUAGCUACUCGUAGUAAAGCGGAAGAUACCUAAUUCAAAAUUUCUUUUGUUAAAUUGUCAUACUUGACAGAAGUGCAAACAAAAAAAAUUGAAUUAGGUCUCUUUCACUCCACAGUAAGCUACACUAAGUGGUUACUUAGUAUGUACCUCAGUUUAAUUUUGUUGUUGAAAAAAUUUAAUUUAUUUUGAAUUAGAUUCUCUGAUGCUUUAAACUUAACGAUCUGAUCGAUAAAAUGAUGAUAUUACCCAGGUUUUUGUUUUAAGAUUUUUUUAAUUUUAUUUUGAAGUGUUCGAUUGGGUGUCACAAGUUAUUUAUGAUGUGGUGAAUUCACAGCAGUUAUUUUUUGCGUAAUAAAAUGGUGCGUUUUGAUGAACAAAAA